AUGUCUCAAUCCGGCGGCUUCUCAACAGCUUCGGGGCAUACGAACAACACCGCGACCAGCGUCACCGUCGGUCAUCUUCAACAGCUUCACCUGCCUUCCUCAGCUCUUCAGGAUGCUUCAAUUAUAGCUUCUCUUCUCUUGCUUGGUCCUGAAAUCAUCAACGCAGGUCAUAAACAAGGACCUGCUCAGGUUCGGUGGCUACUGCGGGGCGCGCGGUCCUUGAUCGUCGAAAGACACAAAUACUUCAGCUGCCUUUGCCCAUUAGACCACCCGGCGAGAUACGAGCCGCAGUUCAGCCUCGAUAGCCCCGUGCUCGUGUCAUCAGUUCGAUCACUGGUCUUUACCGACAUCAUAACAUGCGUUCCGUGUGUGAGGAGGCCAUAUAUCGGCAAACAGUAUUGGCUGGACAGCGCCAUUCAGACUACCAUCGAGGGCCUUCGAACAUACACACCGGAUCCCGACCUGGGGUAUAGCGCUUGGACGCUGGCGCUUCUGGGCGAUUGUGCAACACUUAUCGAAGAGCUGUAUACAAAUGCCAUCUCUCAGGAGGCCUUCUCUGUGCGUCAGGCAACAUUGCUUGGUCAACUUGAAGACACUGUGAAAGAACUGGAACAACAUGACAACGACGGAGAGAAUCAAAUGCUAGCAGUGGCCACGGCUGAUGGACGUAACGUCAUGGCGGCUCACAGGCGCAACAUAGCCGCGACUAUAUGUCACUCUAGGGCCGCACAGAUCUUUCUUCAUCGAUCGACAAAUUUUGAUGUGAAAUCGACACAUGUUCAGCGGCUCCGCCAAGCUCUUUACGACUCCAUCUCAACAAUACCCAUGGAAGAUAGUGCCGCAACCACGGUAUUGUGGCCACUGUGGGUUCUAGGAUGCGAAACUUAUCCGGGAAUGAAUUGUCCAUCGCAGGUCGAGAUGAUGGCAAUGCUGCAACGCUUAUAUGAUAGUCAAUGUAUGAGGAAUGUCAAGCAGUGCUUGGAUAGGCUGACACGCGAUAUCUGGAGACAAGAUCAUUCUAAUCUCCUCAACAUGAAAUACAAGUAUCUCAAGCCCGACGAUCAAUCUGCCUGGGUAAGGCGUUGCUGGGAUGAGAAAUUAGAGUUGCUCUUGGCGUGA